UGGUAUCUACGCUUAUCCACAUAGCGACAACAUCUUUACUUCCUUAGGGUGUUCACCUUAAGCCUUUGAACUGGCUCCAAGUCCUUUCUGGCUGCUAAUGGCAGCUUCUGGUCAUCACAAUGGGCUUUCUUAGACUAUUCUGUAAGAAGUCGGGUAACAAGAGCAAAGUGGAUGUCUCCUCCAAAUCAUUAGAUUAUGAGUCUAUGGUUGCCGGAACACCCCCUGUUCUAGGAACGAAACCCGCACGAGGGAAUGGACCACUCGUCAUCAAGAUCCUCCCGCGAGAUGUUAGCCAGGCCCAAAUUGCCGUCAGGACUGAUGGGUUAGUGGACGAUGGACUCCCGAUGCCAAGUCCUGUUAUCCCUGGCUUUCGAGCGGAGGAUAUCAAGAGACCAAGCUCAGCUCCAAAUGGGUUUCGCACUCCAUCUCGCUCUUUAGGGGCCGGUGGCAGUUUACGAGCUGCACCGGGCACCAAAAGUCCCCUCAAAAGACCACCUCCGCUUUCAUUCCGUAUGGCCAGGCCCGAGACUUCACCACUUGCCCGAUCAGUUUCACAAAAUGGGGUUGAUGCCAGAGUCGUCACCCAGCCACAAGUUGCUCCUUCUGUACAUUCAAGAAGUAACUCCAUCGUCAGCAAUACCGGAAGCCGUUACAGGGAUAUCAUAGAAGCGCACUCCGAGAUCAAGCCCAUCAACUUCAAGAUACGGAUGAAAGCUACAGGCACCAGAGAUUACGGUGAGGAUGUUGCAGAAAGGAAUUUGGGAGAAAAUGGUCACAACCUGGACUCACCCUCGGUCAAGGCAUUUUAUGCCCGUUCCUCCAUGAUCUUUGAGAAGUCAAAGAUGGAUGAGAUUACAAAGCAGCUUGAAUCGGAACCGAACAGCCACAGAGCCAAGGCACGAACGGUGGCAUCGAACCUUUCUAUAGAUCUGUCGACUAACUCGAGCAACUCCCGGACCACGCAACGGGCAACAACCUCGUAUGCAUCAAAGGUUCCUGCCUACGAACAUCCAGAUGGCGCUCUCUCUCUGGGUGCACGGCUACCGGCGAACUGCAACCUGCAACGAUCCAAAUCUGUCAAUACAUAUUUGCCUGUUGAAUCGAACAACAGCACCAGCGUUCCGAGAACAACCACCACCACUGAGCAGGAUCUCGAAGUGCCAGACCACCCUCCUGUCAUCGAAUGGCCUCUCAGGACCAUUGCUGCUAAUACCCUGAGACCGUCUGCUCUUGAUGCCACUCUGUCUUUAGCACCGCCAGGGUUUAUUAAACCUGCAUCAUCAUCCCCAAACGAGGAGCAAUCGUCCCCAGGAGACAGCAGCCCAAUAUCAAAUGCACCGUCGGUGAAGUGUUUUGCGGUGAACCCCGAAUACCAUCACGAGCGACCAUGGUCAAGCUCAUCCUCCACUCUCUCGAUUUCGGACAUGAGAUCCAACCCGUCUUCGCCUUCAAGAUCCCAACACACAGCCGAUACCUCUGUUAACUUGAGCCAAACGUCGUUCAAAAGCGCCCCACAAUUACCGAGCUUGACAUUCCUACCGGUACCAGAAGCUCCUGAUAAUUUCAACAUUGACGACUACAUAUCAACAGACGCUUCCUCCAUCAGGGAACACCAGCGUCACACAGGCGAAAGUGAGGAAGAGCUACUGUUCAAUGACUUCGGCUAUGGUGCACACGGCACACAGCUACCCGGGCUUCUGGACUCGAGCGCCCUUUUUGAACAAAGGGAGCCCAGCCCGGUUCCAGUUCCGAACAAUCAGCAUUGUCGUUGUUCCUCAUGGACCACCACGCCGAUCAAUGCCGGAUCGUUCGGGAGGGCUGUCGGCGGACAACAGCGAUAUGUCCUUGACACCGGGGUUGAGGAUGAUUCGGACGAGACAGAUUAUGAACACUCCCCAGGAUUGAUGUCACCUGUUCUUCUUCAUUCGCCCAAACCUCAACAUCAUCACGCUCUCAGCGGUGAGAUAUACAACGGGGUGGUGGGACAUGUUCCACGGACUCGGACGUUUGGGAGUGAUAGAACUUCUUCGGUGCAAGGGUCAAGAGGAAUGAAGAGGACGCCGGUCGUUUUGAACUGUCGAGGGAUACAACAAAGUUCAGAAACGGCUACUACAAGCCGUCCUACCACUCCACUGUCAAGCGGCUUGAGUAAGGAUAUCGCCGCCGAAAUCAAGACACCCGAGCAGAAGAGUGAGAAAGGAAAACAAAAGAUGCAAGAAGAGAAUGAGAAGAAGAAUCACAGCGAGAUCAGCAACAAACAACUGCCUCCAUCAACACCAGAUGUUACUGCUACUGCUGCAGCUAUCGCUGCCGCCGUGAAGCGAAGGAAACAAAUCAAAGCAUGCAAGCGGGCAACAGAGCCGGUCAAAAAACGAAGACCCAAAGGACAAGGACAAGGGGUGGUUAGUAGUCCAAGGAGUCCAAAGAGUCCAAAGAGCCCAGGGAUAAGAAGUAAGAGGUCGAUGCAAAGAACGACAGUGAUGGGGGCUCGGGGAGGGGAAUACUCGGAUGAGGAGCAUCAUGCUGAUACUGAAGGAUAGGCACGAUAGGGUAGGGUGUUUGAGUCAGCUACGUUCUAGCUUUUCUUUUUUUUUUUUUUUCCCUUUGUCAAAUCAUAUGGGGUUUUGUUCUGUGGUUUGUGGUGAGGAGGUUGGUUUGUUUGGUUAGCGAUUUGGCCUUUUUUCCCUAUAUCUUGCGGUUGGGAGGAGGUGGAUUGGGUUUCAUGACACCGGUAGACAUUUGGAGGAGUGGCUAGGGAGUGGGCAUCACAUAGAUGGCUUGUUUACCUAACCCU